UUGCUGGGCCGUGAGGCCCACAGACACUGUGGCUACCCCGCCCAGCCACCCCCGGGGGGGCUCCUGCAGCUCCCCGGUGAUGCCGCGCGCGGCAUCAGGGAGCGCUGCAGCACCAGCUACCUCACUAAUCCCUGGCACUGCGGCCACGUCCGGCGGCGGUUUGAAAGUGCGGCAGCAGAGGGGCGGGUUGUAUAUAAGGGCUGACAGGAAAGAGCAACUCCUUUAGUUGCUGCUUGUGUCUCCUUUAUUCGCUGUCUUCCUCGUCGUGCUGAGCCCAGCCGGUAGCGUGGAGUGAGCCGGCCUGGUGGAUCUGUUCCCAUCGCCGCACUAGCGCCACUGAGGUCGCCAUUUUCACCUCCUCCCCACCCCAGACCCUCCCGGCCGGGCUCGCAGCGCGGCGGGGGGAAGGCGCUUCGCCGGCGGCAGCAGGCAGUGUUUGGCGCUCAGCUGCGGUAGGAGAGUCAGCCGGGAGGGCGAAGAGAGGCUAGCGCCGCUCCUGCCCGUUGCGUGUGACCACCCGGCCAUCACCAGCCUCCUCCAUUGAUUUCGCCUCUAUCCUCCUCCACCCCUCCCUAGCACCGUGGAGAAGGGGCACGGGACUCCCGAAAGGAGGGGGAGAAGGUACCAAGGAGAGGUGGACAAGGAGAGACUGCCACUGCGCAUAGCGGUGAGUGACGGGGACAGGGAUUUGGGUUCCCCCGCCAGCCCAGUCGGCGGUUUUACCACCCCCUCCUUCCCCCGUGAGCCCGAGGAGCGGCCUCGCCGGCCUGCCCGCCAUCAGGGGUGCUGCUGGCGCCGGAUUGGGCAGGGUGCCGUGGAGCAGGUACCUGCGGCCGGCAGCGAGUCGGGCUGCGCCUCGGGCACCGGAACCGGUUGCUCCCUUCCCCUGGGCAGGGAGCUGGCAGAAACCCAAGCCCCCCUCCCACGGACCGGAGCAAGGGGGUAGUCCCGGCAACCUCUCCCUGUAGAGUCCCCAGUCUGCCGGCGGCGGCUCCUUGCCGAGGAGCCCACCGGUAUCUUCCGUACUACAAGCCCUCAGCCCUGCGACUGGGCUGGGCGAGCUCCCCGCGAGCGGCGGCAGGGCCGCCGAGGCCCGGGUGAGGCGUUGUGAGAACAGCCCCCUUGCAGGGGUACUUAACCUCAGAACAGGUUCACAUAACGCUAGGAAUCAAAGAAGCAUAUGUAACACUUGUGUGGUGCUGGGACCAGUCUUCUGAAAGAAGACUCCAAAAUAAUCAACCUGUUUAUCCUGAGACUGACUUUUCUUUGGAAAAAAGCUCAACAGAGAAACUUUUCACAUUGGAACCAUUAUAAAUCAAUCUAAAGAAGUUGCUACUUGGAGACACUUUUGCAGAGAUUGAAUCCUGCUUUUCAUCUGUGUUUGCACUUCAGACUGUAAGCAAUGAGUGAGUUCUGGUUGUGUUUCAACUGCUGUAUUGCAGAACAGCCUCAGCCUAAAAGACGACGGCGGAUUGACCGAAGCAUGAUUGGGGAGCCAAUGAACUUUGUUCACACGGCUCAUGUAGGAUCAGGAGACCUAUUCAGUGGAAUGAACUCGGUAAGCUCAAUUCAGAACCAAAUGCAGUCCAAGGGAGGCUAUGGAGGUGGCAUAUCUGCAAAUGUUCAGAUGCAGCUUGUAGACACUCAGGCAGGAUAACCUUGGGGAAACCUUUCCGGUUUAUGUGAGUUCCUGUAUCUUCUUUCCUCUUUUGCCUUGGUGACUGCUUUGUGUUCACGAUGAGAGAAGCGAUGGCUUAUUGUUCACACUUUGUGAUUACUCCAGUGAAAAGUUGCUGUUGUGCUCUGAUGAUGCCAUUUAUGAGAUGAUUGGUCCUACCGUGCCUUUCAGUGACACGCACACAUAGGCCUCCUACCAGUACUACGGACAUAGAGCUGUUGUUUAGGAUCGGGUUUAGCUGUUUGUUAAAGCAAAUUAAAGCACCAACCUUAGCUUCCAUCGUCAAUACCUAAUGCACAGCAUUCUGUUACUCUUUAUUCUUUAAAUAUUUUCUCCAAUCAAGUAAUUUAGAAAUGAGUAAAUUUCCAUUAAUAUUUUUAAUCUCUCAUUGUUCAUAUCCAUUUCUGAAAGGCCUGGGCCCUGGCAAGCACAAAUUAGUAUUUCAUACAAAAUCAGCAGAAUAGAUGACCACAUGCUUUGUGGAGUUGAUUUGUAUGGUGGCCUGUUUGGUGCCAGAAGAAAUUUAAAUUGCUUACUGCAGACUGAUGAUACUGUUGUUGGUGAAAAAUUUAGCUGUGACAUGUCAUGCCUGUUUCUGAAAAAGGACUUGUAUCUUAUCUGCUUCAGAGUUAGGUCUUUAUUUUAAGUUUUAUUCAACUGGUCUUGAAAUAAUAAAGAGAAAACUUGCAUUUAUAAGGCGUUUGUUAUAAAUGUUCAGUAUAUUUAUUUUGAAAGAGCUGACCUCAAGACUGUAAACCAGUGUAGUAUCUAAGUAUUGUGGAAGUGCUUUAGUCUAUUUAAAAAAUAAAAGAAUCAUGUUUGGCUGCUUCUUUCUUUUUACAAUUUUUCUUAAUUUUAGGCUGUAUGGUCAUUUCCAGUAGCAGUAUGCCAGACUGUCUGCAAUAUUAGCUGAAAAUUUUAGUAGCCCUCUCUAAGUAGUUGGCAGUUUCUGUGUACUAAAUAUUUAGGGGGCAUGGAAGUUGCUAAGAGCAACAUACUAAUCUGGCCGAUGCCAGUGAAAACAACAUACAGGGUGACUUUUUACGAAGUCAGCAAAAAGCCUUUUGCUCAGGUUCCAAAGCAUGUUUUUCUUUCACAAAUUGUGAAAAUUGUAUUUUGAUAUUGCACUGUUUUCGAAUUAUCUCUGUAAAUUGUCCUUUUUCUCCUUGUUGGUGGUUUGAAACAAGUUGGUGGUUUGAAACCUGACUGAGUUAAGUUUUUAUGUGGAAAACAAUUAUCCUAACAACUAAGGCAUAACUGAGCCUAAUAGUUUCCAUUUUUAUACAUAAACACAUGUGUUUAUAAAUAAAGAUUGCUUCAUAAAUGAGUCUUUAUUCUCUUCCUCUGCUUUCCCUGAUUUCACAUUGCAAUAGUUAUCCAAAUGAUUUAAACAUUUAUGAACCUACCUACUCUUCUCCUCAGUUCACAAAGAGCAUGCAGAAUACAAGGGCUAUGGAGGUAGCUAGCCUUCCCUAAGUUGUAUUCCAGUGGUAGGUGUCAAUUAUCUGGUUGAAUAGUUCCAAUUAGGUUGGAUAGUCUUCACUGAUAAAGGUAGUGAUUCUUGAUGACACAAGAUCAGAUAGAUGUUCAGUUGUCUGGGGUGCAUAAACACAUAGCAAUGCAGUGGCAUUUUUAGGGGUCAGCAUUUCUGAUGCCACUUGAUCAAUGAGUCUUAAAUAUACUAUGAUUACAGAAUGAUUUGAACUUUGUCAUCAGUAACUGCAGCUUAAAUUUACUUGCCAAAACUAUCUUGCAUUCCUCAAAAUAUCUUCAGAUCAAUAGCCAGAAAAAAAAUUGACAUA